AGAGCUGACUAUAAAUCUCAGAAACAUUUUGGCAAAAAACUACUUUUGUGCUGGAGAGAAACUAUAGCACGAAAUGGAACAUAGCCUGAAACAUCUUGAAAAUCAGAAAGUAAGUGGAACCAAAACUCCAAAGCCAGUCAUGGCAAGUUCUUUGAGGCUGAAAAAAUCCUCUUGCCCAAAGAAGAGGAGAAAGAUUAGUCACAUUGGUGUCAAGGGAAAAGGGCAGUUGAAGCUAUCAGUUCAUCUUCAAGAUGGAGCAAUUGCUGUUCACAUUAUGGAAGCCAAAGGACUGAUGGGAAGGGAGUACCGUACCUGUGAUGCUUAUGCAAAGUUGUCUGUGGUACCUGACCAUGAUCGCAGAAGUAGGCAGAAGACAAAAACUGUGCCAGACUGCAAAAACCCGGUAUUUCAUGAACAUUUUAAUUUUCCCUUGCAGGAGUCGGAUGAACAAAAAAGACUUCUUGUUACAGUUUGGAACAGAGACAAAAAUUCAAGAUGCAGUGAGCUGCUGGGGUGCAUGAGUUUUGGAGUGAAGUCACUGCUUGAAUUAGAGAAGGAGAUCAAUGGUUGGUACUAUCUGCUUGGAGAGGAUCUAGGAAGGACGAAACACUUGAAAGUAGCCACACGUCGCCUUAAACCCAUCCAAGGUACCUCCAUGAAAAAUUAUGUUGUAGAAAAUGAGAAUAGAGGCAUUGAAGAUAUGCUACAAUUGAAGGUUACAAUCCCACGAGGCAAAGAUGGCUUUGGCUUCACUAUUUGCUGUGAUGCUCCAGUUCGUGUGCAAGCUGUGGACCCAGGUGGCCCAGCAGAUCAGUCAGGGUUACAGUCCUUGGACACACUGCUGCAGCUCAAUGGGCAACAUGUGCAACAGUGGAAGUGUGUGGAGCUGGCUCAUGCAAUAAGAAAUUGUCACAGUCAGAUUAUUGUUUUAAUCUGGCGACUGGUUCCUCGUUUGAAACCCAGCUUCGAACGGAUGAUUCGAAGACCAUCCAGCAACUGAAAGGAUUUGCAAUCUCCUCCCAACAAGCGUGAAAAGUACUGCAGUCACCCAGUGGGGAUUAUGGAACACAGAGAAAGCUGCCACAUUGUGUAUGACGGCACAGAUGGGGUGGUACUGAACAGCUGGGAGCGACGGGAGGAGUUUGACAAAUGUGUGCAGAACGGAGGUUUGGUACCAAAUGUAACGUCCGAGGGAGACAACAUUCUCAUUCUCUCACCAAUAAAACGUGGCAGCCAGAUUCUGAGGCCAGUACCUCAAGAUAACCAUAUCAUUUAUGAUGCUGCUCGACCCGCUGAGUUCCUCCAGCAGAGUGACUGGAGCCCCAGUUUGUGCAGCAAGGGAGGAGCAAAUGUAAGCCAAGGCAGAGUUCAAAGUGGCUCCGAGAGGAAGCAAUCCCUCACAGGGUCUUCAGCAGACAUCUUUAAAUCAACAGUGCAAGCAAUAAAAAGUUAUGGGAAUUACAGGAACUGCACCAUAGUGAGAUCACAUACCCCUCGGGCCAACUACGGCACCUGCAUGCCUCUUGCUCCAAAGAUCUUGGUUUUCCCUCUCUUUGUGCAGCCUCUGGACUUGUGCAACCCCGCACGGACACUGAUCCUUUCAGAAAACAUUCUUUUCCUUGAUGCUAAAAGUCAACCUCUGAAGGUUUGCGUUUUCAUCUACACAGACUUGCUGCUGCUGACCAAGGAGGACGAGCGAGGUCACUGCAGUGUUCUACAGAACCCUCUUUUCCUCCACAGUAUGGAGUUAGAGGAAGGUCCAGCAGAGAAUCUUCAAUUUUAUAUCACAUAUGCUGAGAAAUCACGGAACAGUUUGAGUUUGGAGGCAUACACAACAGAACAAAAAAAGAAAGUGUGUCAAUGUUUAAUGGAAAACAUUAUCAAACAGAAACAAGAUCAGUAUUCAGCAGUAACUGAAACAAUGAACAAGAUGCUCGACCCAAAAUCAGACGAGAAAUCUGAGAUGCUACCUGAGGAAAAGGUUCCAAUCAGUGACCUGCAGCUCACUGAUGAAGGAGGGCUUGAAAAUGAGAAGCUCCCAGAGAAAGAAAAAGCUGCAGAAGGAGAAAGUAAAGCCACAGAGGAUGUGAAAGAAAGUAUUGACAAGCAGGACAUUACUGAGUCACAGAAACCUCGGCUGCCGUUCAAUAUACCCGAGCUUAGACUGGACAGAACUUUCACCCAGAGUACUGAAGACAUAUCCAUCUUACUUGUUGAUGGGGGUGAAGAGGAUGAUGAUGAAGAGGAUGAGGAGGAUGAUGAUGAUGAUGAUGAUGACGACGACGACGACGACGACAGUGAUGAUUGUUACUUGGACGGCCGUGAAUCUAAACGGCGCAGUAUGAUCGAGACAUCAGAAUGUGAGAAGCACUGCACUCUCUCGAUUCAGAACUCGCUGCGUCGCCGGACUCACAGUGAGGGCAGUCUGAAGCAGGAGCCCAAGGCUCAGUGCUUUAAAUCUGACAACGCACUCAAUUGUGUGGGAUGUGAUGGACAGAAAGCAAAAGUUAACUGGGCUCCACCCUCGCCAAAAACCCUCAAAAAAGAGAUAGCUAAUGUGAAAAAUGGUGGUUCCAUGCACCAGUUGUGCCUCAUCUUCUCUGGACGUAAACAGCUGACUGCAGUGGAUUCAGACUAUGGGCUCGGUGACGCUGAUGAUGGCUCCAAGAAGAAAAAGACCAAGAAUCUAGCCAAAGAUAUGAAAAACCGUUUGGGAUUUCUCCGACGACGCAACGAAUCCGGCACAGGAACCAACGCUGCAAAACUCGACAAAGUCGGCAAAACUGUGAAACCCUCAUCUGAAGAAGCUCUAAAGUGGGGAGAGUCUUUGGAAAAGCUUCUUAUCCAUAAAUAUGGUUUAGCAGCAUUUAGAGCUUUUUUACGCACGGAAUUCAGUGAAGAGAACCUGGAGUUUUGGCUGGCAUGUGAGGAUUACAAAAAAGCCAAAUCACAAUCCAAGAUGACUUCCAAGGCAAAGAAAAUAUUUGGGGAAUAUAUUGCCAUUCAGUCCUGCAAAGAGGUUAAUUUGGACUCCUACACAAGGGAACACACCAAGGAGAAUCUUCAGAAAAUCUCAAGGUCCUGCUUCGAUCUUGCCCAGAAAAGGAUAUAUGGUCUAAUGGAGAAGGACUCCUACCCACGAUUUCUCAGAUCAGACCUCUACUUGGAUCUGAUAAAUCAGAAGAAACCCAGUCCGUUGUCAUAGAUAGACACAUCUAUAUUCCUGACAGUCACUUGGGGACAAAUUAAAUGUGUUUACAUUAUUAGAGCGAGACCGUUGUUUAUCUCCGAGACUUCAAAACCCUCUUCAGUGGAUUGAAAUCUGAUGGUAUCAGAAGCUUAGGUGCUUGGAGAUUAGUGGACCUGGACAGUUUAACAGUCGGGUACUGUUUCACAGCAGAAUCCUGCUCAGGGUCCCGGAACCCUGGUAUGAUAUUGGCUUUUGUUACCUUUUCCUGUACUCAUUGUGUAACAACAGCACAAAGACCUGCAGAGCCAUUGGGCAGUGAACCAGUUAAUCUUGUUCUUCCAAGAUGACCUAGUACUCAGCUUUCAUUUUCUGGAGCAAUGUGCCCAGAGCAGCGGGAGCAGCAGCAAGCUCCUCUCUGUGAGGCCGAUAAUAAAUAUAAUGAAAGCCAAAUUGUUAUUAAAAGCUGUGCUUUCAACAACUAUCCAGAGUUUGUCCAUCGAGGGGGUUUACUCUGCCUCUACAUUCUGAUGAAAUCUGAGACUCUGACAAGUCUGUUCCAAGACUGUACAUUAAAGAAGCUUUCUGCAGAUGGUGGUAUGGCACUUCCCACCUCCAUUUGUGAAUCUAUAUUCUUAGGUAGUACCAAGUGCUCCUGCAACAGAAACCUAUUAACAGCUUUGUCAUGUGCUGGGGAACAUUGAGCUAUUUAUUUCUAUAAUCAGAUGCUUGAUGCAUUUUUAAAGGAGGUAUUCCUUGUUUUCCUUCCAUGUGUUGAAGUGCAAUAUUUCAAAGGUAUUUCCUUACCUUUUGUUAAUUAUGUGUAAUUUGUAAUAUUUUCUGGAGUCUGUACAAAUUAUGUUGAAAUCUAAAUUUACAGUUAAUGUUUAAUUGUAACUGUUAUCCUAGCAGCAGGCAGCUAGGGAUAUUCCAGCUGUAUAUAUAGUUCUUUUCAAAUUUUGAGUUUAAGAUUGCUGAUAUGAGACUGUAGAUGAAUAAAUGUCUACGUAGCGAUAGUCUCAGUGCUGAAGUGCUGUGAGACGGGUGGCACAAGAAUGGUUUGCUUUGGCCAUUGCUGGUUGACAUUGAAUUUGAGGAAGACUUGCUUAGUCAGUUUCCAUUGUUUACAGUGCAGUUUCUCCUAAAGCAAGAAACCGACCAUUUUAUCCUGGCAAGUGGUAAAUAAAGAGUUGUUAAAGAACAAUGUA